AUGGCGGCGUCCGGCACCUUGAUGAGCUCUCCGUCCGAUGACUCUCCCUCGACAUCAUCGCCACCGGAGCUUCCACCGACCCCACCACCGACCACCACGGUCCCGCUGAAGUCACCCCAGGAGUCCAAGGUCUGCUGGAGUCCGCUGCUUCGCUGGACGUGUCCUGAGGAGAAGCUGCCCAUUGCCGCGUUUUACGGGCCGUUGGACGGUAAAAACCCUCUGCUGGCCUCUUUCGAGAAGGAGAUUCGGGAGUUGUUAGGUUUUAUGAGGAAAAAGAAGGCGCUGGCGACGACGGAGGAACCGAAGCCCGAGUUCCGGCGACGUUGUGCCACCACUUUGUUUAAUAUCUGGACCAAAUAUGCCCCCAGGCUGCCAGCUGACUAUUACAAUGAAAAGCUUCUGAAGGUUGGAGAUAGCCUUUGUCAAAUGAAAGAAUAUAAACUGGCCCUUCUGCAGUGCUAUGGAAGGUAUCUUCAACAGUUUAGUACCAAUUUUGAUGAGAAUGGAGCAGAUGUGAAUCAAUUCAAAGCUAUCUUCUUUCCAAAAGGUUUUGGAGAUGAAACUUCUGGACUUACAUUUCAUGCUUUGAGUGGCAGAAGCAUUUGCAGCUAUGAGCUCGUGUGUGACUCUGAUGCAAACCUGCAAAACAAGGAGUCUGUGAAGAAGUGUCUGCAUGUCUUGUCCUCCCUAAGGCUCAUCAUGCAGGUGGCUCUCCCACAGGAGCACCUUUGCUGGAUUAUUUUCAAUGGUACCAUUUAUAUUUACACCAUUUGCCGAAAACUGAUGAUCAUGGGCCAGGCUUCCCAGGCCCUAGAAUACCUGCUGUGGGCUAGCAUAUGCAUGGAGUCCUCAGUCCCACUCCUGUCUGUCAGGUACUUGACGUGGAGAACUACUCUUUAUACAGCUGUUUGUCAAUGCUACUAUGACUGCCAGGCUGGCAUUCAUGGUGAGGCAUUCGCUCGGCGUGCUUUAGCUAAAAUUGAUGAGUUAAGACAGUUGGAAUUGAUGAGCUCUUCAAUGUCUCAGGAAGAUUCCAGAAGAUAUUAUAGAGAGGCUACAUUAAAGAUGGCAGUGAUGAUCUUCAAAAGAGGAGUAUUUGAAUCUCGAAGAAAAAACAAAGUUUUGUUUAGACCAAAGAUAAGACUUAACCUAAAGGAAAUACAAAGUAAUUCGUGGCCACGUACUCUUACAGAACGGCUACUGGAAGAGUUGUUUGACAGCACUGCAUCCCGGUUUCUGGCUGUCUUGGAAGCUCUUUCUGAUUCAAAUAGGCGAGUACUGCAAACUGGACCUUUUGCUACUGAUGAAGUGGAGCUUCGAGAUGUUGUUACAGAACUGUUUAUAGCAGGAAAAGAACUCUUUAUAAUGACAAAUAUUGGUACAAGUGGAAAGCUUGAGUUUCCCAGAAUAUCACUGCUGGAGUGCAUGGUAGAGAAGAAAAAUGUGAUUUCUCUGGAUGCUGCUCUGAAAUUUAUAAAAUUAGCUUUUACUUAUGAAGAAUGGAGUUUAUUUGAAUCUUCAGCUGUACAACUUCUUCUUUCUCUGGAGAAGGAGAAUGAUCCAGAGUCAAAGAAAGCAGAGAAAGACUUAAUUCUUCUGAUUGCAAUAGAACCACUAAUCAAUGUCAAGAGAAACAAAGGGUUGAUUUUGCCUUUGGAAAAUGAUAAAGAAGGACAUCCCAUUCAUACGUAUUUUAAAAAGUUUACUAAUAGUGAAACUUACCUGGGAAAUAGUGGCUCUUUAGAAGACAUUUUUCAGUCUGCAGCAAUCUUGCAUUUCUGUGUCUGUGACUCUUCUUCAAAGAGUGUUCAGCCUGAUAAAGAAAUCGUUGUGGACAUGUUAAUGCUCCUGUGGCAGAAAUGCAAAGUAGGAAUUCAGAAGAUCAAUGUGUCCAAAUAUGACUAUGUAAAAUACAUUCAGAAAAUCAGCACUAACAAAUGGGUUUAUCUUCUGUGGCAGAUAAGUGAAGUGAUUCAUUCCUGUAAAGUGGAAGGGAUUGAUAUUGUGGUGAUGGCAGAGGUCACAUUACGAUUAUGUGAAAUAUUAGAAUGUUUUGGAAUCCCCAAAAGGAAAUUUAAAAAAUCUCCAGGUACAUCUACAAAAAGAGGAAAUGAGGAACUUUCUGGAACCCCAAAAGGGAUCCCAGAAGGUAUUUCAAUACUAAAGCGGAAAAAGCAAGACAAUCUUACUCCUGGAGUGAUCUUUGUGGGCCACUUACCUAAAGCAAUUUAUGAAAAUCAGAUCCAGACUUAUUUCUCCCAGUUUGGCACUAUUACAAGAUUUAAUCUGUCCAGAAGUAAAAGGACUGGAAAUAGCAGAGGCGACGCAUUUGUGGAAUUUGAAUCUGAGGAGGUAGCCAAGAGAGUUGCUGACACCAUGGACAACUACCUUUUGGGUGGGAGAAUGCUAAAAACACCAGUGGAACAGUUGUCUUAUGCUUAUGAACUUCUUGAUAAAACAAUUAAUGGAAUGAAUUUACAUUUCAUGUUAACUACUUUGCCAAAUGGAUCAUCAGUAAUUGACCAUUGCUAUGUCAAGUGCUCCCAUGAUACAGAUGGAGACACUUACAAACCAAUCUCAGAAAAUAGUUUCAUGAUGGAUUUGCAUCUGGAACUCAUUCAAGCUCAGCACCGAAUAGCCAUUGCACUUCUUGACCAAUUGCACGUUUUUCAGAUCCCAAGUGAUAGCAAAAGUAUGUCUACAAAAGCUUCAGAAAAGAUGAAAAAGUCUAGAAGACCUGAUUGUUUUACAGAAGAAAGUGUAAUGAACAAAAUAAAAAUGAAUAAGCUCUCCAAAGCAGUCUACUUAAUGCAGAAGGCCCUUUUACUAUUUGAGAAUAAUGUAAUAUCUACAUCUGCAUUGAACAUCUUGAUGGAAGCAUAUUCUUUAAUUGAGAAGGUAGAAGCAGAACAAAGUGCUCUAUAUUCACAUCAGAAGUAUUUGGAAAAUUCAAAAACAAAGAAACGCAGAAUCCCUCCUCCACCUAUUCUGCUGUCCCGGACUCAUUGCUCUGUGACGUUUAAGCCUGCUCCAUUUAUUUCUGAUGUUAAGGUGUCUUGGUACUGCAUUUUGGGUUGCAAAGCAGAAGGAAACUAUGGAAAAGUAAGACUAAACCAUAAUCAUCUCCCAAAUUCAGGAGAAGCGAUACCAGCUGAUGGCAAAACCAUUUUUGAAGUGAAAGGUUUGGAGACUAAUGAAAACUACAUUUUUGCAAUUGCUGCUUAUUGUUCUAAUGGGAAGCUCAUUGGUGAUGCCAUUGGAGAGACAACUAAACCAAUUCUGCUUUAUCCACCUCUUUCUGCUAUCACGGCUCGGAUGUACCUGACACAGGUUGCCUAUCAGACUGGUAACUAUAAAUUGGCCAAGAAAGUUUUCUCAACAGCUUGGGAUUAUUUUGUUGCAUCACCGCCUCGAGAUGAGCAAUCCAUUGUUUCUUUAAGCAAUAUAAUGACAAUAACACAGAGAAGAUUGCAUUCAGAUAUUUUGACCGAGACUUCUUCAAUCCUUUUAUACCUUUUUCUUAGAAACAUUUUUGUAACAAGUGACAUUAAAAUUAAAGAAGAAAAUAUGUUCUGUGAUAAUAUUAAAGGCAAUGAGAUUUUCCCUGCUCAACAAAUUGCUAGAUUGAUGGAAUGUGAGAGAAUAUUAGUAGCAUUGGAACUUAGCAACUUUCUUAAUGAUUCCAAUUAUGCCCUUCAAGCUGUGACUCAGUGUUAUGGCCUCCUUGCUCCUAUAAUAUAUCACAAUAUUGUUUUGGUACCCGUUAUACAGAUUUUAAUAAAGUGUAUAGUGGUUUUGCAAGGACUGCCAAGUAUUCUCUUCGCAAAGAAACAGGUUUUAAGUUACGAGAGUGUACAGCACAUGAUAGCUUGUUGUAUCUUCUACAUGACAAAGAUUCUACGUUCAUGGAAGGAAUAUGACCUGGCAAUAAUGAUGAUAAAUUAUGGAAAAAGAAUGUUGGACACCACAUCAAGCUGCAAAUCUCUAUUUGGUAUUACUGAGCCAGAAGAAGUAAUAGAGGAGAAUUCUUUGAAGAAACCUUUAAAACCUAAGAAGCCUCAGCAGGUACUGUUCCCUGAAAAAAUAAAUGAGCAGCUAUCCACAUUGGAGACAUACCUACUCAAAAUGACAAGACAAUAUACUUCGUAUGAACUCUCAGGAAUAGAGGACCCUAUCUUUCUUUAUCCUGUGGUUUUAAAUUGGUCUGUGAAAAAUUCUGUGAAGGAAGUUAUGAAAUUUAAGCAAAGACCUAGAUUCCUGGAAUUCUUUACACAGGUUAUGCUUAAGUGUCUGAAUGAUGAAAAAUUUCACAUUUUGGUGGAGAUAACUAUUCCUGUUCAUGACUUCUUGAGAAGGAGGAAUGAGUCUCUACUUGGAGUAAAGAAACAAAAAUAUAAGGAAAAUAUUUUUAAUAAAAAGACAGGGAAAUAUCCAAAGAAGUUCAAGGCUGUAAUAAUAGAGAUUGGAAAAAGUUCAGAAGUUGGAGCAAGGAGAAGACGUAGAAGAAGAGAAACCCUCAAGGAUUUUUUUUCCAAAAAUCAAAAUUUACUUGAAUUGCCAGAACAUGAAAGAAAUAAGAGAGCUGAUGUUAGAAAAAUAGCAUCCCGAAGCUUGAGAGAUUGCUUGACUCCAAUAGUAGUAAAUUACAUUAGAAAGAAGAGAUUUCAUCAAAUAUUUCUUGAGGAAAUGCCUUGGAGAGCUCAGAUGAACCUGUUUCUGGCAAGCGCACACUACCACUUGCUUUUACAAAAGCUAGGGGAGCGCACGAAGGCGAAACCUGGCACUUCACACCCAUUGGUCAGUUUCCGAACCUGUGAUCCUAAUCUGUUCUCACUAUAUAAUUCAGGAACUGUAUUACCAACAGCAAAAUUGAAAGUAGAAAACUACAAGGGAAUACUUAAUUUCCUUUCAACUAAAAAAAAGAAGGGAACUUUAUCACCAGAGUAUGAAGAAUUUUCUGAACUUCUGAAUGCUAAAGCCAAGGAAGAAACUCUUUGUAAGCCACAAAUAAUGUAUGAGUCUGACUCUCAGUUAGUUCUUAAUGUCAAAGAAAAGGAUCGAACAUCAAAUUUGGGACUGGAUCAUUUUAUGAAAACUUUUUUAUAUUGCAGAAGAGCAAUGGUCCUUGCUCACCGUGGUGGCUAUUGGACUCUACUUCAGAACUGCUGUCGAGUCUUUUGGAACUUCACUCAAGAGCUGCAGAUACUACUUAAACAGGCAGUAGAUCUUUACAAAACAUUUUCAAUUAGUCAGGAGGGCUUCCUCUGUACCUCUGUUAUACCAUUCUAUUUGGGAGCAGAAUUACUUAUUGAUAUGUUAUUACAACUACAAAUUAGCAGUUCUCUUAAGUUUAUUGAAGACAAUGGAGAGUUCAGUGUCCCAAGUUGUUAUGGGAAUAUCAAAUAUGAUAAUGGUGGUUCCAGCCUUGUUUUUGAACACCCUCUGGAUGACAUAAAUGUGGUUGAUUUGAAAUGGAUCCAUGACUUCGUGUUAAAAUCUCUAGAAAUUCUAUAUCAAGUGGAAAAAUGGGAAACACUUGUAUCACUUGCUAUUCAAUUUAAUAUAAUUUCACAUGAGCGAUACACAGAACAAGUGACACCACUGCUAGUAUAUGCCCAACGUCAGCUCCUUCUGAGAAUUAAGAAGUUCCAGGGCCCUGAUAUUUCCCAACAACCGUGUGCACGAUAUGAGGCUGAACACAAAGAGAAGAUAACCUGCCGAAAUUUCAUUGGUAAACAGCUCAAGAUUGAUCCUUCUUCACCCAAAAUAAUAGAAACAGGAAACAAUAUGGAUUUACUAACAGUGCUCAUCUAUUCAGAAUACAUCCAAGCCAAACAGCUCCUCUGUGUGCCUGUGGAUGUGACAGAUACUUUGAGAUGCUUUAGAGAGUCCCUGGAAAAGUCCAGAUACCAUAACAGAUCAAUCCGACACAGCAGGAAGUUGUUUUCAUUGUUUCUUGCACAGACACAAGAUGUUCUCCAAGCCAGCAAUCAAAGGAGUCUUAAAGUUCAGGCAUUGCAUUCACUUGGAAGUCUACUCAUCUUUGCAGAAAAGAAAAGAGCUGCUUUCAAGUGUUGGUGUCAAGCUCUUGAUGAUAUAUUCAGAAAAACAGAUGUGCUGCAUACUUGGAAAGAAUUUGGAACCUCUCUCCCCAGUGCCACCCAUGGUGCCAAUUUCAAAGACUACAGUGAAGAAUUUCUAUCAAAAGUUGGCAUUUGGGGGUGUUUGCAAGGUGCCGUCAUAGCAGCAAAGAUAGCACAAUUUAUUAAGACACUGAACACUGAAAAGAGGAUAAACUGUUGCCUUUUGUCUGCAUUACUCUUUCAGGGUUUGCUUCGAACCACACUUCCACAUCCCAAAGCAGAUCGUUGCUAUGCUCAGUAUGAAAUCACUCAGCUACUCCCAGGCAUUGAACUCUUCAAUGACAAUUUCAGGGCUGAUAUCCGUUCUGUCAUUGCCAGCCUGUAUUACAUCAUCCGGGAACUGCAUUUUGCUAAGCACAAUCUAAUUAUUCUGCCUCUCCUUGCCUUGUACCAGUAUUUUGUUUCUGGAAUCUGCCAAGACCUAGUCAGAAACCUAGAAGCACGAAUCCUCAAGAUUGAAGUCCUUAUAGAUCUGGGCUUCUUUUCUGAAGCCUUUUAUGAGCUUGCUCAGAUUUUUUAUGGAAAAAACAUGCCUUGCUCAAUACCUGCUGGUUUUAAAGCUACUGGAAAAAUCAAGCUAUUUCAGUCAUUUGACUCAGGAAAACCUCUUAACAGUAAAGAGAAUAUGCAGGCACUUGAUGAAUUAAUGAGUAAAGGGCAGCCCUGGACUCUUAUUACCCUGGGCCAACAACAUCUCUUAAAUAAAUUUUAUUUUGUUAAGGCAUACUUUUUUAUAAGUUUAGCUGCAACCAUUAAUUGUAUCCCUGAUUAUUCAUUUAAACAACUCAGUCGUGGAGUUAUUACUGAGAAGAGCAAAGCAAGUGCUCCAAUCACAAAAGGAACUGCCUCAAACUGCUUCCACCAGCUGAGCAUGAAUCCUUCUGGCUCCCUGGAUACUUACAAAGCUGCCAAACGAAAGCAUUCUCUGACAGAUUGGUAUAAUUGUGAGAUGUCCUUUCUUUAGGCAAUGUUACUGAUGGAGGCUGAAGACAGGCUAAACUUCCUUGUAUCUGAGAUGGAGAGUAUAGUCUAUAAGAACCUCACCCAGUGUUCUGCUGGUGAGUUGGAGAUUGUGGUGGAGUCCAGACUUCAGCUGGCAGAAAUUUCCCUGCAGAGACAUCGUGCAGCAUACAGUGCUGCAAUACUAUGCUCCACACUUAACCUUCUCCAAGAUUCUAAACUUUUUAAAAAGAAGGCAGUAGAUGAUGACAAAGAGACUCCUGUCUCUUCAUCAAAUUCUGUCACAGAGAAUGAAGAUGAGAAUGAGUUUUUAGAUCCUGUUUCCCUGAAUGCUCGAGAACAUUUCAACAUCCAUCUGUGGUUGAGGUGCCGCUUAGCCCUGGUGACUGCAUUUGUUGCCCAGAUUCGUGGCAUUGGAAUUGUGAAAGAAAAUGACAUGACAGAUUGUAUGAGCCUCAUCAAUGAAGUGUGUAUGGAAGCAAAAAAUGCAGGCAACAAAGAGUUAGAGGCUGAAUUCUUAAUGCAAGCUGUGAUGCUGGGCCUACAAGAAAAGCAUUUAAAAGCAGACAUUAUAAGAAAUCUUCAGGAUAUAAUACAUUUGCUUGAAGGAAAUGAGUUUAUUUCUCCUCGGUCUUGGUUAACCCUGGCAAGAAGCCUAGUUCUACUGGAUGACUUAACAAAAGCUAGGAAAUUCAAGGAAAAUCCUUCGUCAAAACCAGACAAAUUAUUUCUUUUGAUGCAGGCUCACCACAUUCUUAUUGAACAGAUGUUAACUUUUGGAGAAACAAUUGAAUAUCCUUCAUCAAGCACUGAAUAUGCAAAUCCAUUAGAACCUUUGAAAAACAUGUAUCUUCCUCAUAUCAUGUUACUGGCCAAAAUAAAAAUGAGAAUUGGACAUGCACUGGCCAAGCAAGUAUAUUAUACCAACAGAAAGAAGGACUUCUCAAAGUGGUUGCCUGCUCUUCAUCUUUUUGAGAUAGCACUGAAGCUCUGUAAAGUAUCCGCCAUAGAAGAAUGUGAGGUGGAAGCUGAAAUCCUUUUUCAGAAAGGCAAAGUAGAGCGUCAAAUACUGAUGGAAGACAAAUCUCCAAAUAUACAACUAGAUAGUUUUUUUGAAGCUAUACAACUAAGCUUGAAAAAUGACCAAAAUUCAGGGUUGAUAAGAAAUUCCUACCUAGAAAUGGCCCUGUACUAUUUUCAUCAGAAGAAGCCAACGAAAAAGAACUCAGCCACAUCAUCAUCGCUUAAGACUCUUUCCAGAAGGCAUAGCUCUAAUAGAGAACCCUCCAAUAAAUCUGAAAUGUGCACAUCCCUGGCCUGGAUUGCCAUCAGAGCUGCUGCACAGGUCAGUGAAUCAGUGCUGGAAAUUAACCUACUUAUUGGAAAGAAGAAUUCUAAAUCAGAUGAAAUUUAUCAAGUGAUAUUACCAAACAUUCCAGAAUUUGCUACUGUGGAUCUUGUGUCUUCAUAUACCGAUUAUUUGCUUGAUGACUACCAAGCUGACUUUGAGGCUUCACUUCUGUUUGAAAAUGAAGACAUUCCUGAAAGUACAGAUGGUAGAAAAAAGAUUCAAACAAAAGUGGAUAUUACUUGGGUCCUUCUGCUGCGCUAUUACAUACACCUGCAAAGGAUCAACAACAUGAGCCAACUGCUGGCAUCUACAACUCCAGAAUCUGGAAUUUCUCUGCCAGAUGAUACACUUCUCACCUCCCUUUACAACUCUAGACUGAUUUUACGCCAAAAAGAAAUGCAUUUUUAUCUUAAAAAAGUCUUAAAUUUUUAUUCUUCUUCUUGUAUUGAUGAAUUUCCAAAAGAACUUCUUCAAGGAUUUAAUGAUAUACAGUUUUCAGAAAAAGACUUAAGUGAUUCUUCAGUCAAGGUGUUUCAUGAAAGUUCCAUACAGUCUAUUUUGUCUUUAAAUCUCACUUCCAAUUCAUCUUAUACGGAUGUUUUUUCAUUAGAAAUGGCAACACAAGCCCUAAACAAAGAACUUUGCUUUCAGUGGUACCUUCCUCCUCUGGACAGAGCUCCGGGGGAUAUCUUCCAAAUAGAACCUAUGGUUAUAUUGUUGUAUGCAUAUAAUGUAAAGCCAGUAAAGAUUAUAGAUGUCAAACAGUCCAUGGGUAACAACAUCUGUGUUGGUUUUCUCUGGGUUCCACUGAACAGAGUCAUUUCAAUUCAUGAGAAACUAUCUGAUCUUGCACAAAUUGCUGAAAUAUCAUUGCCAUCUGUUCCUGAAAGUACUUCAAAGGGAAAUAUAUCUGAGUCACCAGAAGUAGAAGAGAAGCCUGUUGACACAGAUAUGGAAAACAUGAUUAUUGAAUGUUGCUCUGAAAUUGUGUCUCUAUUUGUGAGUGAUGGAGAGAAAACACCACUAACUGAGGUUCCAUUUGAAGUCUCCCGGCCUGCUGUAUUCAAUCUUGAGAGACUUUUUGAUCUUGCUACUGGUUGUAUUGUAACAGGAGGAAGCCUUUACAACUGGAUAGUGUCACUUAUUUCUCGACUAGCUUAAUUUCAUUUACAUG